AUGAAGAUCUCCUCAUGGAAUGUCAAGGGCUUGUCUGCCCCUGACAAAAGACGCUUGGUCAAAAGAGAUUUGACCAUGCUUAAUUUGGAUGUGAUAUUGCUUCAAGAAACUAAGUUGAACUCGGAUAAAGUUGUGGAUUUUAAGAAUUUUUGUUUUAAAUGGGAAGGAUUGUUUCAAGACGCUAGAGGAUCUGCUAGAGGUCUUGGGAUUCUCUGGAACCUAGUCAACAUUGAGGUUUACCCUGUUGCUUCUUGUGAUUUUUGGAUGGCAUGUACUAUCAAGUGCAAAAAGUUGAAUCAUUGUUCUCCACUUUUCAACAUCUAUGGACCAAUCAAGAUGGAGGAUAAGUUGCGAGUCUGGAAUGAGAUUACGCUUCAAGUUAACUUGUUAGAAUUGGGGAAGGUUAUUAUGACUGGUGAUUUCAAUGCCAUUCUAAACUUCGAGGAUAAGGUUGGCGGUCUGAAAAAACCCACUAAAGUCAUGGAUGAUUUAUGGGAUUUUGUAUCCAACUACAGGUUAGUUGACAUUGUUCCUAAAAAUGGCAAGUUCACUUGGAAUAAUAGGCGGCUAAAUUUCUCCAAUAUUGUUGAAAGACUAGAUAGAUUCUUUGUCGGUGAAUGGUGGUUGCUGAACAAUCAUUCUCUUGAGGCUGUAAUUGAAUCUUAG